GAUCUUCGCUCCUAAAGGCAUCGCCCGCGGCAUUAGGUCCUUUCUGUCCAAGAUAUCGUUUACUCCUCUCAUUAUGGCGAGCGACUGUGUGAAUUAAUUGACUGAGGGAUAUACCACCUUCCCGUUGAAGGUACCAAGCCACUACCCUGAGCGUGAGUUACUCCUUCGAGGAAAGUGCUCUAUGCUGGUCUCUGCCAAACCCUGCAAUCUCGAGAACUUGUCAUAGCCUUGUGUUAUUCACGGUCUAUCGGAGCACCCGUUCUUGACUGAAGCGGGUCAGCGUCCGUGGUGGUCAUCAUCAUUCUCAUCCUUCCUCAUGUCCGCUGAUUGAUAGAGUAAUUUCCGGUGGAGCACAACGCCGUCCUCUGAGAAAUGCAAUGUCACCCUGUAAGUUUCAACUACGCUCUGUAGUACAGACCAUCCUUGCCAUUGCAUGCUGUACAAGUGAUCUAUAUUCGUAGAAAUUGCUCGAGAACGGGGACAGAUAGUGCUCCUGAAUGUUAUAAAUACCACAUGCAGCCCUCGUCCAUCCUCCCUUCCAUCAUCAAGCCAGCGGUUUCUAUCCUCCGACUUGAUUUGUUCUCGCACAUCUUUGCAAGCUUCUCAUCAUGCAGUCCAUCAAGCGUACCUUGCUCCUCCUCGGAGCUGUCCUUCCCGCGGUCCUCGGUGCCCCUGUGCAGGAGACCCGCCGGGCCGCCGAGAAGCUUCCUGGAAAGUACAUUGUCACGUUCAAGUCCGGCAUCGACGAGGCGAAGAUUCAGGAGCAUACUACCUGGGCUACCAACAUUCACCAGCGUAGUCUGGAGCGUCGUGGCGCCACCGGCGGUGAUCUUCCUAUCGGUAUUGAGCGCAACUACAAGAUCAACAAGUUUGCCGCCUAUGCAGGCUCCUUCGACGAUGCUACCAUUGAGGAGAUCCGCAAGAACGAAGAUGUUGCCUACGUCGAGGAGGACCAAAUCUACUACCUCGAUGGACUGACUACCCAGAAGAAUGCGCCCUGGGGCCUGGGAAGCAUUUCCCACAAGGGCGAGCAGAGCACCGACUACAUCUACGACACCAGUGCCGGCGAGGGCACCUAUGCCUACGUGGUGGAUAGCGGUGUCAAUGUCGACCAUGAGGAGUUCGAGGGCCGCGCCAGCAAGGCCUACAACGCUGCUGGCGGUCAGCACGAGGACAGCAUCGGCCAUGGCACCCACGUUUCCGGCACCAUUGCGGGCAAGACUUAUGGUAUUGCCAAGAAGGCCAGCAUACUUUCGGUCAAGGUUUUCCAGGGUGAAUCGAGCAGCACUUCCAUCAUUCUUGACGGCUUCAACUGGGCUGCCAACGACAUUGUUAGCAAGAAGCGUACCAGCAAGGCGGCAAUCAACAUGAGCUUGGGCGGUGGCUACUCCAAGGCUUUCAACGAUGCGGUCGAGAAUGCAUUUGAGCAGGGUGUUCUCUCCGUUGUCGCUGCCGGUAACGAAAACUCUGAUGCCGGCCAAACCAGCCCUGCCUCUGCCCCCGAUGCCCUCACUGUUGCCGCUAUCAACAAGAGCAACACCCGCGCCAGUUUCUCCAACUUUGGCGAGGUCGUCGACAUCUUCGCCCCCGGUCAGGAUAUCCUUUCCGCCUGGAUUGGCUCCUCCUCUGCCACCAACACCAUCUCUGGUACCUCCAUGGCCACUCCCCACAUUGUCGGCCUGUCCCUCUACCUCGCUGCUCUUGAGAACCUCAGUGGCCCUGCUGCCGUGACCAAGCGCAUCAAGGAGUUGGCCACCAAGGACGUCGUCAAGGAUGUUAAGGGCAGCGUUAACCUGCUUGCUUACAACGGCAACGCUUAAGUACCAGGUGUACAUCGGAGAGUUUCCCCACUGUUGCAGGAACACAGUGGUGAUUAGAAAACGAAGAGUGUUAUGAUUCCGACGGAUAUAUGCAUGGCACGCAUACAGCGUGAUACAUAGGCUGUUUGCUCAAGAAUUAGGAUUUUAUCUGAAUCCAUGUACAGAGUUUACUUAUAUUAGUAGUCAAUGAAAUCUUGGCUUUCUAAUUUGUCCGAUCUACAAGGGGUAGUCGAUCGCAGAACGGACUAGAUGUGCAGGGGAUGAAGAUCACCCGCUCUUAGCAAGACCUCUGGUAGUUGUUGGCCAUAGCUUGAACGCGAAUCAUGACCCUAUUUAUUUGUAGAUUGCAGACCAUGUCACAUGACAAGGUCCUCUUCGGAUUGGCAUCAUUACAAAGUAGUAGUUGAUAAGCUCCCGGGAAAUGAAUUAGGGCUGGCGUUCCAAUCUCUAAGUACCGAUGUUGCCGUAUGGAAGAUAGUAAGCUUACUGGUACACCACAAGUAGAUAUCCAUUCUAAAAUGCAUAUUUAAAAUACUAAUCUAAGUUAAAACAGU